AGAUUGGUUAAGUAAAGAAAGGUUAGGAGUGAGUGUGAGAGUGUAAGGCAAGAAGUCCGUCUGUUUGCCGUGCAUUGGUCGACCAGUGUGACACGCGAUCUCCAGUCGAACGAUUCGCUUCCGACCUUCAUUCAUUGACUUUCGAUCACGGGAACUUGUCUAGAUCGAACUUCAGAUCCUCCUUGCUAACUUUAAUUCCAUUUCAUCACACCCUCGAGUCCUUCGCCGUCCUAUUGUGCAUAUUUCAUUUAAAAGAUGGAAUUUGAUGAGAAUAUAAGUAAACUUUUGCUUAGUGACACUCAAUAUAUUAAAGAAUAUAUUGAACAAAAUUCACAUAAAAUUAACGAGACAAAUUCAUGGGGUCUGACAUAUUUGAUGGUUGCCUCUCAACUGGGCAACACUGAUUUUGUAAACUUCUUGAUAGAUUCUGGUGCUGAUUUGGAAGUGAGGGACAAAGAUGCUGAUACGGCUUUACAUUAUGCUGUGUUUGGAGGUCAUUGUGAUGUGGUGGCCCUCAUAGUCUCCAAGGGUGCCAAUGUUAACAGACAAGACAAGUCUGGCAACACACCUCUCCAUUAUGCUGUAGAGAAGAACUAUGAAGAUGUGAUGGAAAUCAUAUUAAACACAGAAGCAACUCAGAGUCAUGUGGAAGUGGAUACCAGGAACAGUAACAAAACAACACCAUUGCUCCAAGCCAUCUCUGGCGGUCACCUCGGAAUGAUCCGCAAGUUACUUUCUCGUGGCGCAGAUAUAAACGCUGUCGAUAAUGAUGAUAACAACUGUCUGCACUUCGCUGUGAGGAAAGAAGUGUUUCAUUCUGAGGGUGAAGCCUUAGGCAUUUUAGAUGAGUGCUGUGCUAUGCUUGAAUUGGGAAAGAAUGCCAGGCUCUCCGGCGCAGUAAUAGCUACUUACCUGGCUCUGCAGGGAGCCAACUUUUACCAUAAAAAUUGCAAUAAUGCGACCCCGUUGGACCUUGUUAUGAACCCAGAUUUGAAAGAAAAAUUUAAAUCCCUUUUCCCAUCACUAUGUCUGUUUUGUGAAGAGAAAGUGUCCACACUGAAAUGCCAAUCCUGUGGACAGAUGGUGAUCUGUGAGGAAUGUGGUACCGAACCUAACUCUACAUGUCUUGAAUGUCAGCAACCCACAACCAGAGAAAGUGGAAUUGAGAGUCGAAAGCUGAAGGAGAAGGAUCUUCUGAAAGUGGCCAAGAAGUUAGGGAAUAAUUGGUGGCAAGUGGGGAUUUUCUUAGGAGUUGAAACUUCUGAACUGGAAAUUCACGACGAUUCUAAAGACACUGUGAAACAGGGCUACAUGGUGUUGCACAAAUGGUUUAAAAGUUGUGAUCCAGAGAAACAAACACUCAAAACACUUGGAGAUGCCCUCGAGGAAGCUGAGUGCCUUGAUGCACUCAAAUGUCUGUCAUCAGAUGUAAAGUGAAGCUCUGUGUAAAUGUUGUUGUUUAGUUUGAGGUCAAUCUCGACCAAAUACAGACCUUUGGUUAAAUGCAUUCCAGUCAUGACCAUCCUGUCUUUAUCCUUACGGUAGAGGAGCUACACAAACAUUGUCCAGCGUAUUCUUCUUUAGGGGGAUAAGGUAUGAAUUGUGGUCGAUUUGGCUACUACUUCUAGCAGAUCUAUCACAAAGAAAUCCCUUUGCUGGUUCGUCUCCCCUGUUGUUAGAGAUUAAAUUUUGAAAUAAAGAUAAACUUUGAACUGUU